CCAAAUGCCAAUCAAAGACGUACAACUUGUUAAACUGCGAUUGAAGCUAGCAAAGUCUAAGCCGUAAAUCAAGAAAGAGAGAGAUGUGGAGAGACAAGAGUCCCGGAGUUAAGAUCCUCUGGAUCUGGACCAUCGGAACUGCCGCCGUUUUGGUGACAAAUGUUGCUAGGACUAGGAUGAGGGACAUGGAGCAGCUCAUCAACUCCCAAUCCCAAGAACAAGAGCAGCAGCAACAAAACCCACAUAUCAUCGACUCUGUUAUAACUGACCAGCCAUCUGAUCCUGCUUUUGAAGCCAUUCGAGAAGAGAAAUCGUAGCUUUUGACUAGAAAGUUUUUUGUGAACCUGCUAGUGUUGCUUUCCCGCCUAGGAUAAUACUAGGUGUUUGAUGAAUUGCCUGACUGAGAUGUCUACUACCUCUUUCAAAAUCCAUAUGUUGAAUGCUUUGCUUGUCUUGCUCCUUCCAACCAUUUCAAGCUCAAAUAUCUUGCAGGCGCGAUGGGGUGACAGUAGCGACUUUUUGAAUUCAUGACUUCCUGCUUGCAAUCUCUUCUAUUUUACCAUCCAACUUGCCAGAGCGAGAGUGGUUUUUACACAUUUGUCGUUCCUCUUUCAUUUUCGUUUAACUAUCAACAUGCGUGUCUAUGUUCGGAAUCACAGGAAUUGAUUGGUUUUGGUGACUCCCAAGAAUGAAGGC